GUCUGUCGUGUCCACAGCGCACAGUCGCAUCAUGAGCUACCUUCAAUGCCGGCGCAUCCGUCUGUACUCUCACAUGGCCCAGGUAGCUGUCACGCGCACCGUGACCUUGCAACUUCGCUCGUACCGCCGCCUCCUGCACCACACGGCCCGUGCCAAUCCUUGCACCCGGCGACAUGCUCGCGCGCACCGUCGCCGGACAGCAGCUUGUUGACGCACUCAACACAGCACUACCACGACACUGCGCAGGACGCUGCGCACGCUGUCAACAUGCUCCGGAUUAGCGACAGCCAGAGCCCAAAAUCGGUCAAGAAGUACUGAAGCGACCGAGUGCAAAGGCCCCCGGCAAGCGACCAAGCGCAAAGGGCCCCGGCAAGCAACCGAGUUCAAAGGGUCCAACAAGUGAUUGAGCGCAAAGGCCCCCGGCAGGCGACUGAGCACAAAGGCCCCCGGAUAGCGACAGUAUGUGCGCUUCUCUCUCUUACACAGAUCUGACUUUUGGCACAAGGAGAUGACAGCGUUCGACCCAGACGACUUGUUUUACGAGCACGGAAACGGCUCACAUCGGGUAGUAUGCAUCGGGAGCGGGAAGCUCUUGCAGCUGUGUAGAAAAAAGUGUACAUAGUAUUAAUUAUCUCUGCAUCAUCUCGUACAGAGGGUACCGCAUGACCCAAGGGUGGUAUUGCC